AAUCCCAAUUGUACCCGUUUUCAUCCAAGAACUUCGACUUCGACCUGUUCGACAAGCUCAUCUCAACAAGAAUCCUUGUGCCUAUCACAGAAAUGCAUUAGAUUAGCUGCGAAUUAUUUAAAUAAUAUGAAUAGUAAUGUGGACCCAUGCAAAGACUUCUAUUCAUUUGGCUGUGGUUCGUAUGCCAUCAGUCGAGCAGUACCAGAACACGAAAAGAAGUUCAACGUACUUAACGAAAUGGAAAAACGGCAUAAACUCCUUUUGAGAGACAUACUCGAAGGUCCUUCACCCGAAACAGAGCCCCUGAGCCUCCCUCGAACCUACUAUAACUCAUGCAUGGAUGAAGAUGCUCAGGAUGAACUUGGGACGCUUCCAAUGUCAUCGCUCAUUUCCCAAAUGGGUGGUUGGGAGUUGCUAACAAAUGCUAGAUUUGAUGGUGCUCACUAUCAUUGGGAAGAAAUGGCAGGUCGACUGCAAAUAUACGGUGUUGAUGGUCUUGUCAAAAUUUUUGUUGGGAGAAGCUUUGAAGACAGAAAUGAACAUCUUCUUAUGUUCUGCCCUCCCGAACUAUUUUUGGAAAAGAAGAAGUUUUACCGUGGAGCUCCAUCCACAAAUGAAUACCUCUCAUACUACAGGCAGUACAUUAGAAGUGUUCUCGAAAUGUUAGGUGCCGAUAUGGAAGAUGAAGCUUCAGUGAUUGAAUACCAGGUGAACGACAUCAUUGACCUGGAGAGAAGAAUAGCAAAUGUGAAAAAAUAUGGCUUCCCAACAGAGAUUGGACGAGAUUACCGUGAAGGGAAUAACGUGGAAAGGGGUAUUUGGACGAGUUUUCGGUCGUUCAUUUUCAAAGCUGCGCAGAACUGUCUUCCACUGUCGCUAUGGUUCAUGACAAGUUGA